GGCGCGGAGAGGGGAGGGGUGGCGUGCAUGGGCAGUGCGCCUCUCCAGCAUGGCUACAGUGCUGUCCCGGGCGCUGAAGCUGCCGGGAAAGAAGAGCCCAGACCUUGGGGAAUACGAUCCCCUCACUCAGGCUGACAGUGAUGAAAGUGAAGAUGACCUGGUACUCAACAUCCAGAAGAAUGGGGGCGUCAAGAACGGGAAGAGCCCCCCUGAGGAAGUGCAGGACCCUGACUCUGAUGUGGAGGUUGGGAUGACAAAGCAGCACACGUCAGAGAGUGCACCUGAAGGUUAUACUGCAGAGGCGGCUGGGAGUUUGGAGCAGAAGGUUGCUCCCUCCCUCAUGCCAUACCUGCGCACAGCGAUCUUUUUGCUCACUGUGGUGAUCUCGAUGAUUCUUGUGUUGGUGUGCGCAUUUCUAAUUCCCUGUCCCCCUAGAGACUUGCAUAACACCUGGAACCGCAACCUAGGUCAGGGAGCAGGUGGUGUGUUAUCCCCGCUGGAGCUGUGUGAUGUGAACGGCGAUGGACUCCCUGACAUCCUCAUUGUCUUCACUGCCUUGAUGAAUGCUAGCGUCAUGGGUGUAUCUAGGCCCUCUGUAACUGUGGUGGCCCUUUCUGGUAUGAAUGGCAGCACCUUGUGGUCCAUUCAGCUUCCAGAGGAGACUCGGAGUGUGCAGUGCAAAGGGCUGUCACUGGGGGCACCUGCGGACCCUGUCUGCCUUGUUACUGGAACAUCAAAAUUCCUCAGCCUUCUCAGUGCCUCCACAGGCAAGACCAUCUGGACACUGAACUCCAUCCACCUUUCAAGUGGGAUCCUGGCUGCACCAGCUGCAACUCUUCCGGAUGUAGAUGGAGAUGGGAUUAGGGAUAUUGUUGUUCUGGCUCUCAAAGAGACACAGCCUGAUGUGUUUUUCAUCUUAGUGUCAGGAAAGACUGGGACUGCUUUGGGUGGGCCUGUGAAGUACAGCACCAAUGGAGAAGGGAAAGUGAUUGGACCCCAGGUCCACAUCACCAGCCGGGGAGCCAUCUACAUCCUGUUUGGUUUUGGUAAUGUCCAAGCAGUUGCCCUGAGGGAUAUCUUUACCCAAGCCAGAAACCGGGACAGCUUUCCUGCAAUGCUGCAGCAGGAGGAGCCGGAGUGGGAAAAGCGCAGAUCUGUCAACCUGUCAGAGCUCAUUGAUAUUUACAGUGGGGGUGUUGACUUCCUGCAGACGAUGAAGACACCUGACACAAACUGCAGCAACCUGCUCAUCACAACCAAAGAGUCCUUGAUCCUCCUGCGGGGACAGGACCUGGAGCCCCGCUGGACCCUGGAUCUGCAGAACAUCAGCAGCCAGCCUGUACCAGGUUACUUUGGUGCUGACCAAACUCUGGACUUCAUGCUGCAAGCACAGACCGGAGAUGGGAAGAAAAAGGUGGUGGUGAUAGAUGGCAAAUCCGGCCUCCCUGUUUGGAACCAGGAACUCCCAUGGCAGAAGCAACAACUUGAUGCACUGUCAGUCAUGACUUUGGACAAGAAGUCUGUUUUUCUCUUUUGGGCUGAUGAAGCGCAGCCGGUAUUACAAAGUUUGCAACCUGGUCCCAGACCUGAGCGCCCAGGGCUGCACCACCUCUAUCUCCUCCAUCCUGUUUUUCCUACAGUCCUUUUGGACCUCACCAAUGCAACAGACAAAGUCAUUGCUUCAGCAGUUGGGAUUAACGAUCUCCAGAAGGAUGCGUUUCACAUCACUGUGACAACAACUGCAACCUCUGAAAAACAGCCGGGAUUUCUCACAGUCAGCAAGCUGGGCCUGAAAUGGGCCAUGAUGAGUCAAGGUCGAAUGGUGUGGCUAAAGGACACCACCACUCCCAAAAUCAGCCGUGGAGAAGUGAGGCGAUUUCUUGCCCGGCUGAAAUUUGUUGACUUUCCUCACAAGCUCUAGCCUGGUGGUUCCUCAGAUUUUGGUUGGACCUGUGGCCUGUAUGGGGAAUACAGGAAGCUGCUCUGUGGAUCUUCAGGAAGACUGCUGUGUAGAGGGAAGGGGGGCUAAAAGCACUUCCCUUUUCUUCAGCUCUCUGGGGAAUGCUGCUGGAGGCAGGUUUGUCAGACCUGUCCUGUACCAGAGGAACCUUGUUCAGCAUCUCCCCCUCCAUAUGCCAUUCUUGCAUGCUUCCUUCCAGGUAACACAGAAAUGUGAAUUUAGAAUUUAUAUACAUACAUAUAUAUAUAUAAAGCUAAGGUUUUUACAUAUAUAUAUAUGUGUGUGUGUGUGUGUAUGAAUUUAUACAAUAUAUGUAUAUUUUUUGUAUGUUUAAUUUAUGAAUGAGAUUUAGGACAGUCCUUUUUAUGUCCAAACAGUAUUCCCAGGCAGUCAAACAAGCUCUAGGCCUAGAGCAAGCCAUGAUGACUCAAGGCAAAUGGUGUGGCUAAAGGAUGCCACCUGCUUUAAUCUUUAUAUUUUUCGAGAGAAGCCUCUGUCUGGCUACUGCAAGGCUAGUCUUGUCCACAACCUUUCCUGUGCUCUCAGCCCUCUUCUCCAUUCUGUCACCAAACUCACAAACUAGCUCUCUGGCUCAAUUACCUGAUCUAGAGAAAGAUGGUCCCCACAGCAUUUGCUAGGUCUUGCACUUCUAUAUUUCUUCUCCCUAUCCCAAGUUCAAGACAGGUUCAUGUGGGUGAUGGAGAAGUGAAAGGUUCACAUCUUAUUUCUAUCUCCUCUUCAUCCAUCUUUAAGCUUUUUAUGAACCCAAAAUGUCACGAUAACAUCACACUGCACUCCAGUGGGCUAAGUCCCCAUUUGCAAUGCACCACAGCCCUUUUAGGAUAGAUUUCUAGCAGAUCCCCACUGGCACUAUAAAGAUCACGCUAGAUACAGUCAGAGGAAAGCUGAUUCUCACACCACUGCUUCAGGGUUUAGAGGCUCAGACAGAGGCAGAACUGGAAAGCUUUUCUGUUCAUUUUACCCCUAUUCCGAGCUCAGCUUUACCAUUCUCUUGCCAGCCCAGCCCUGCGUGCAGUUCCAGGAGGAACGGACUACCCCCAGGGCACAUUUGCUCUCAGUAUGUUUAGUGCUUUGAACUAUGCUUCUGAGUGUGCCAUCAGCCUCCUGUGUUGUAGCUGCAGAGCAUCUACAUGAAUUUUCUUGUAAUAGAAAUGACCAUAUAUAAACCAACAACUUUGGUGCCCCAGCAGCUCCCCACAGUGCAGGGCAACAACAUAGGAACUGUUUUCUCAGUAUGCCUUUCUAGGUCUGACCUCUGACAUUAGGUAAAGCCAGGCUAAGAUGAGGAUUGCAAAGGACUCUUCUGUCCUCCUGCUGGCUCAUGACCUUCCAACCUCCCCACACUUUCCUGUGAGUGGUGAGGUGACAGCAGGACUUUGACUUUCCCUCCAGAUGGGCACAUCUGCCAUGGGUUUGCUCUCCUGGGUUCUUGACAUCUCUCCUUGCUAGAUCGCCCUCUCUCUUCUCCUUGACUGCAUCUCCAUAUAAAGCUUCCAGGAUAGCCCUUCAGGAUUAGCUGCAAGCCCCAAGGCUGGUCCUUGGGCCCUGCUCUCUUAACAUUAGAGCCUGUGAACAGUUUGUAUAUGUUUAAUGGUAUUUUUGUGUAAAUAGCUUUGUAUAUAUUAGCACAACUGUAGCAUUGGCUCUAGGCCUGGCAUUUUCCUCCAGACGGGUUAGUGUUUAUAAUACAUAGUCAGUUAAUACAGCUGCAUGAUAGGGACUGAAAGCGAGGACCAGUAAAGUAUGAGGAUUAAACAGGAGUGCCCCUUCCCUCCUGUCUAGCCACCACCUUGCUGGGAAAGGUGAAGCGGCUGUUACCUGAAGUAGUUACUCUCCUGAGGUUCUUCCUGAAAGAACUAACAUUCAAGUGCAGUGACAUUAGCUCCUCCAUAAUGUGAAUUCACCAUGCCUGCACACACACACACACAUCCCCACUGUGAAUAAAGAGUCUGUCUGUAUAUUGUUGGGAAAAUGUAUUUGAACUGUGAAUUGCAAUGGAGCAAAUAAAUACUGUGUACAGCA